AUGGAGGUCGCCACCGAGAAGAGCCUAAUUGAGGAAUGCCAUAGCAACAAUCCAGGAGAUGCGCCGGCUCAUUCAGAUGCAGCGCUAGCUGUCGACGGCGCCGGCCUUCCAUCUGGACACCGGCCAGAGGGUAUCGAAUCAACGACUGACACCGCUCAGCUUCCCACACAUACUGUUGGGGGUGCAUUGAUCAUGGAUGGCGACUGGGCGAAUCCGAGUCGGCGUCGCUUUCGUCCAAAGCAUGAGUCGCAGGACAAGGCCUCUCGUAUCAGCCAAGACCCUGAGCUGGUCUCGGUUGUCGGUGGCCUCUCAAAGUCGUCGCAGCUUCCCUCCGAUAGCACAAACUCAGCCUUGCGCGCCAACGUCCCUGAAUUCAUCGUACGGCGGGAAGUUGACCAGUUUGACAAGAGCAAUUGUGAUCAGGCCCAUGCAGAACUUCCGGCUGUCGGACAGAGCUCGCACGUCUCAGUAGAGACCAACAUUGCUCGCUCGGACGCGCGUGAGUCGACAUUGCGCGCUGUCGCCCACGACUUUGUCCCACAGAACAGCGCCGGGCAUUCAGCUGCACAUAUAUCAUCACUUCACCCCGAAGCUCUCGAGUUUGUUCCUCACACCAAGGUCGUAGGCACUCCACCACACAAGGCUACACCGUUGCGAGCUGACUCUCCGCUGUAUCAGAGUGAAGCCAGUGAUCUGGUGCAGCCAGGCUCGACUGCACAUCUCGGCACCCCAGAACUCGCCCCAGGCACGGGACCUGCAAUUGAUGCCCAAGACCAUGCAGAUAGUACUGAGCUACUCUGCAGCCAGGGUGAUGCCGGCAAUGCUCAUGGCCCAGAUUGCCUAUUCUCCCUCGAUGAUGCUGCAGGCAUUAUCGUCAGCUUUCCCGAGACUUCGCAGGCCAGCAGCGCAGCAGACCUGGACCACACUACUCAGUUGGGCCCGAAUGAUCAACCACUGUCUGCUUUUCAUCUCCAGCAACAUCCAGAACCUGAAGCUGCAGCAGCCGUUUUGGCUGCAGCCUUAGCCGAUGCAGUCACCGUACAAUACCGAGAUCAAAACGACCAGGUCGUGAUCCUGACUGGAUCAGUCAAACAGCCGUCAGAUGCUGAGUGCACGGCUAGCUGGCAACAUGUCAUGGCCAUGCUGGAUCCGAACAUCCAUCAUUUCAACUGGCGUGGUCAGCCUGUCGUCGGCAAGACCACAACCAAGCCAGCCACAUCGCUUGCUGUGUUGCAAGCCACCAAGCAGAAAUACAGUCUCUGCUUCGACGGCGCUCUCGACGACCGCAGACAACUCUUGAUUGAGCUGGGACUGUGUUACGUCGAUCCAGUUAUCUUCUCGGGUGAUCAGACGCUGCUGACGACGGCUCGUGGCACUGCCCUCGAGAAUGCAGCCAUUGGCGUGACGGAGAAGUACUACACUCCACAUGGGAGAUGGAGUUGGAACGAGCUCUCCGAAGACGAAGACCGACCAGUUGUUGGUGACCUGCAUGAUCAUGACACUUCGGAGCAGAAUGUCUUAUGUGCUGACAAGCGGACUAAGGAACACGUCAUCUUCCACGGCCAGACGUCCAUAUGUAUACAGAAAUACUCCGACAUUGCUAGCGAGAACGUGUUCAAUGCAAAGGAGCGGAAGAAGCAGGAGAAAGCGGACGAGAAGGCGACCCUCGAAGUGACUGGACCCUUUCCUGAUGAGGACGGCUAUAGACGAUCGCGUCUCAGACAUGUCCAGCAUGUCGACUCAUCUGAAGACGAAGCUGGCGCCACUGAGUCUCAGAGCAUCGCUGCCCACACCGCAGCGAAGCGUUCUCGUUUCCAGCCUUCCCGAACCAUGAGCGUCAAAGUCCAGGAGACUUCCCAUUCCGUGCAAGCUCAUCGUGCUGCCAUUUCUUGGGCUGACGACGAGGAGUUGAUGGAUUGGGCCGACGAGUCUGAAGAAUUGGAAGCCUUUGCUGCGCAAGCUUCUGCUCCAUCUACCGGAGUACAAACACCAGCAUCGACGUGUUCGGCUGCUUCCUCCAUGACGGACCAGACCUCGCUGAGCGCAGGCGAAAGCUGUGAACACGACUCGCCAGCGGUUCCGGACGCUCGUACCACGCUCUCGAGCACAUCCACUGAUGGUAGCGAGGGUAGUCUUUGCAAAGAAGUGGUGAAGCACUUUCUCGACAGUCCUCACCUAGAGCCCACAGGUCUUGAGGACCUGGAAGAUGGCUCAGAGCUUCUGUCGACAUCUGUGGACGACGAAGAAUCCGAGAUCGAGAUCGUCGGCGAUGUUGUUCCUGUUACAGCUGUGCUAGAAGUGGGCCCAGUGCAGGAGGAGCAAACACCUUCUGAGGUCAAACACGAAGAUGAAGAUGUCGUGUUGACUGCUGCGAGUGCAUCAGAAGUGUUGAACAAACACGAUUCACAUCACGGAGUUAAUGAGGUGCUUGAAAACACAGUGGUUGCCGUUGACAAUGAAGACGCUACUUCACUGUUUGUGCCAAACUCGCACAAAAAUUUGCGCAAACCAAAUCUUGCACCCACAGAGCCCUCCCUGACGGUGCAAUUGUGCAACUCGUCCAGCAUGGCUUCGCUGCAACUGACUCGGUCAGCCCAGGCGCACUUCGAGGGCUUCUCGGCUGUCCACCCUGCUGCCUCCAUCGAGAUCGACUCACAAUACGACGGCGAAGACACGACUGGAGAUGGUAGCAAAGUCUAUGCGCAAGCUUCGCACUUGAACCUGCCCCAUGAUCGCAGAAAGUUGCGGCUCGUUUCCGGUGGAAGCCCAGCCUUCGAGGAGGAACGACAAGUCGAAGGCCAUGACUCCAUCAUGACCGAUAUUUCGGUUAGCAUCAAUCAAGACGAUGAUACCGUCCGAGGCGAAGAGCAAGACGCCAUCGGCACUUCUGGAGACGCUCGAUUGAGUGCAGGAAUCACAGUUGGAUCCGAGAUCGAUGCCGCUACGCUUCAGCCUGCUGGUCUCGAUGUCAGGGAGGACCUCGACUAUGCUCCCAAGGUCCCGAGUCUGUCGGCGUCAGCAUCUCUUUCAAGAGUCCUUCAUGAAAGCACUCUAGACCAUGAUGUGGAUCGAGCUGCGAGUAAUAUGUGGCGAAAGAAGGCGAUUCCAGCACCUACCAAGAAGAACGGAGAGCGGCCACAGCAAUGCUCUACACCAAAGAAGCGAGGCUCGUCGGAUUGGGGUUUCCUCGAAGCUCUACAAUCCACGCCUCCGAACGAAGCAUCUACGCGUCCACAGGUGCCAAUUCUUCCAGAAAUCGCGCGUCAUCUAGCUCAAAUGGGGAACCGCAACGGCGAGACUGGGUUGUCCCAGCAGGAGGGGAAGCAGAAGCAGGGCCUCAUGAAGCGCGUGCGGAAGCGUGCUGUUGCCUCUGUUGCUCGCGUUCGUGAUGGCUGCCGUGGGAAGUCCUCCAGGGAGGCCUCCGCGGAGGACAAGAAAGGGGUAUUGGAGAAGGGAGCGAGCAUGGUCAAGGCGUUCUUCCUACAGAAGCAGAACGUUCUACAUUACUAG